GCUUACCUCCUUCAUCCCUAUCCACCAUCUACACUCUGGGUUGCUCCCACAGAUUCAGAAUGUCCGAUUUGGAGUUGUCCGCUGCUGCCACGUCCCUACCGUACAGGGAAGGGAUGUCCUUACGGCUUCAGGUCCUCCGAAGUUUUGGCGACUGGCCCUUCUCUGGGCAAUCUAUUCUGUCGAAGACGUUGAUAGCUGGGAUCUACAGUGUCACCAGGUCUUCGGUGCUGAACUUCGUCCUAUUCGGCAAUGCAGAGUCGGGCUCGCGGCCUCCUUUGCAAGCAGUCCUCAAACUUUAUGAUCGUCGAUUUGGCACACGCCUUCGGGACUACCGCUACAGACACGUACCACACACAGCAGAACGCGAAGCGGCUUAUCAUUCCUUCGUUCGGCAAGGCAAGAUGGGGGCAUUUCUCCGCGAGCUAGACGAAAAAGAGAAGGAGACCAACCUUAUCAUGCCAGCCUGGCAUUUCCUAGACGAUUGCGGCCCUGAAAACAGCGAAAACAGCGCGAAGUAUGAGGCCAUCAUGUGGCGCGAGUGCGAGAGCAACUUCAACCGCGAGACGGAGGCCUACGAGCGGCUGAAAGAUGUCCAAGGCACGACGAUCCCGCGGAUGUACGCCCACGUGCGCCUCGUGCUGCAGGACCCAGACAUGCCUCAGGAUCUGCUGGGCUCACCCGAUACGGCCCGCUACUUUGAAGUCAAAGGUGUUCUCCUGCAAUUUAUACCUGGCCAUACCCUGUCGCAGUUGCACACCUCUCCGCUGGCCCUUUUAGAGCCGGAGAAAUGGCAGGCUAUCAUCCAAGCCGCUGUUGACGCUGUGCAUGAGAUCGACAAGCGCGGAGUUCUCAACAUGAGCGUUGCGCCACAUAACGUGGUCGUCAACAGCCGCACACAGACUCCCUACAUCGUUGACUUCGGAAACUGCGACUUCAAGGACAGGAUGAUCAAGCUCUGGAAGGAAUCCGGGCGGAUGGAUGAUGACGACGACGAGGAGAUUGAGUAUUGGGAGAGAGUGGUGACUCAAAAUAAUGGACAGGCGAUUGGAGGGGCGAUGGCUGCGAGACUGCAGCGGGCGCACGGCGUGAAGCUGGAUAUCAAGUACCCGGAUUGCGCUAUGAUUCUCAAAGACCUAAAACGAAGUAGAGGGGUCGAAUCCGACGAGGACUCUGAUAGUGGAUGGAAGAUCAUGCAUUUCUAGCAUGUACCGUGUAUCUAGGAUCCAAGUCUGCCUCGUAUGGAAGCUUGGAGGUACGCUAGCCUUUCUCACCUACGGGGUUGUCAGUUGCUCAUCAUAAACCCUUUACGAUCGCCGUAUACAUUGUUUGCGGAUGACUUGAGCCCUUGAGAGCUUCGCUCAAAGAGUUCGGCUGCUGAUCCCUGUC